UGCCACUCUGAGUUUGCUUUACUGCAAAAUGAGACCCCUGACCGAAGAGGAGACCAGCACCUUGUUCCAGAAGCUCUCAAAAUAUAUUGGAGAAAACAUCCAACUGCUUGUGGACCGACCUGAUGGCACCUAUUGUUUCCGGCUCCACAAAGACAGAGUUUACUAUGUAAGUGAGAAGAUUCUUAAGUUGGUAGUAAACAUCUCCCGGGAGAAGCUGGUGUCUCUGGGGACCUGCUUUGGGAAGUUCACCAAGACCCAGAAGUUCAAAUUGCACAUCACAGCCCUAGAUUACCUGGCACCAUAUGCAAAGUUUAAAGUAUGGGUGAAACCUGGAGCAGAGCAGUCAUUCUUGUAUGGAAACCAUGUGUUAAAGUCUGGCCUGGGUCGAAUCACAGAAAAUACUAAUCAGUAUCAGGGACUGGUGGUGUACUCCAUGGCAGAUGUCCCUUUGGGUUUUGGCGUGGCAGCCAAGUCCACACAGGACUGCAGGAAGGUGGACCCCAUGGCAAUUGUCGUGUUUCACCAAGCUGACAUUGGGGAAUAUGUACGCCAUGAAGACACACUGAUUUAAUUCAUCUUACAGACUUGUG